GGACCGCAAGAAAGCCAAAAUAACAAGGAUGCCGGCACAUUCUACUGUUUAUGGUUGUACACAGGGCUGCGCAAUCCCGAGGGAACUGGGAAUGACUUUUCACAGUGUGGAUGCAUUGCCUUUGAAAGGAACGUCACCGGUCGUCAAGUGGGCCCGUGAUUUUAAUGUCCCACAAUGCAACGCUGAGCGCUCAGCCAAUAGGAGGUCCGUCUUUUGUUGCCGAUCAGAGAGAGGCGCGAGCUUUCAAACUCAGGCGGAAGUGGCCCUCUUGAACAGUCGCCUUUCACAAGUCGUUGUCUUCGUCGCUCUCGCUUUAUACAUAUACUCUACGUAUAUGUCUUUUUUUUUUUUAAACAUUCACUUUACUCCGCUUGUGGGAAGUUAAAGUUUGACUUUAUCUAACUUGUGAAGGAGCGAAGACGUGAAAGAUGGCGGAGUCCACAGCUCAGAGUCACUAUGGCCGUCAGACCGCCGAGCAGAUGGAUGAACAGAGGCACCAAAAUGUUGCCUAUCACUACUUGUGUCGACUGGAGGAGGCAAAAAGGUGGAUGGAGGCGUGUCUGGGGGAGGAGCUUCCCGCUCCCUCGGAGCUCGAGGAAACCUUGCGGAACGGCGUCCUUCUCGCCAAACUGGCCCAUCGCUUCGCACCAUCCGUCGUUCCUCGUAAGAAGAUUUACGACUUGGAGCAGCGGCGCUACAAGGCUGCGGGUGUUGAAUUUCGUCACACUGACAACAUCAACCGCUGGAGGGAUGCUCUGACGGCGCUCGGGCUGCCACCUAUCUUCCAUCCAGAAACCACAGACAUUUAUGACAAGAAGAACAUGCCCAGAGCUGUUUACUGCAUACAUGCACUUAGCUUGUACCUGUACAGACUCGGCCUGGCUCCACAGAUCAGUGACCUUUGUGGCAAAGUCAAGUUUACAGCGGAUGAAAUCAACAACAUGAGGCUGGAGUUGGACAAAUACGGUCUCCGGCUUCCCGCCUUCCACAAAAUUGGAGGAAUUCUGUCAGUUGAGAUGUCGGUGGACGAGGCCGCAGUCCAUGCUGCGGUAAUCGCCAUCAACGAGGCUGUUGACAGACGUGACCUCGAGGCGACGGCGCAGGCUCUAAGGAACCCCAACGCUCAGCUCGCCGACCUGCAAGAGGCACUGAUGAGCGUAUACCAGGAGACGCUGCUCCAUGCCAAACGAGAGAAAGCGCAGCAGAAGGCCAGCAGGGUUUGUGGCUCCAAGGAAAAAGAUCUGUACGAAGAGUUUCUGACUCGCAGAGAAAUCCAGGACACCCUCAACACGGUCAACGUGAGAUCGGCGGUGGAGCAGGUGGACGAAGCGGUGGACGCCGCCGACGGGCCGUCGCUCGUGGACGCUCUGCAGCUGCCCUGUUUGGCCCUGGUCGGCGUCCACGGCUCCAACGGGCCCUGGUACCUUGAGCAGUUGGCGACCGACCGGCACGCAAAGGCACUGGAGCAGGGCUCGGUGGACCCGCUGGAGCCCGAGGAGCUUCAAGAGGCCGUCAAUGCAGCCAAUUGGGAAGCCCGCAGAGACAUUGAGAUGCAGGCGGCUGUGGACGCCGUGAAUGAGUCGUUGCGGGGCAGCGACCCGCGACACACGGUCAGCUGUCUGAGCUCCUCUGACCUCCAGCUGCCGCCCGUCUUCCCUUGCGCGGCCGCUCUUUAUCAUCAGCAGCUGCGGCUGUUACAAGCACGCGCGGCACGAGGGGCGCUGCAGCUGGAAGAGCUGUUUGUCGCUGUGGAGAUGCUGUCAGCAGUGGUCCUCAUCAAUCAAGCGGUGGAGACGAGAAACCUGCCACAGCUCAGCUCCUUGUUGGUCAAUUCAUCAGUGGGCUUGACAGAUGUGGACCAAGCCCUGAUGGACAAGUACUUGUUGCGUCUGUUCAACAUGAAGCAGUCGUCUGGUCAAGAAGCGCUGACCUGGAAUCAACUUCAGGAAGGAAUCAAGCUGGCCAACUCGGACGCGCAGGCCCAACAUCAGCAGACAGCGGCUCUUCAUGCGGUUAACAAGGCUCUGAUAGGCGGAGAUGCUCGCGGGCUGCUUUCCGCGCUAGUGCUCCCCUCUAGCGGUGUGGAGGACGUCCUGCCCGCCAACGCCUGCAGGUACCUCAGAAUGAUGAGCACCGCUAGGCAGCGCAAAGCACAGACCAAUCGGCUCAGGGAGGACUCAGGAGCAGAGCUGUGGUUGGCUGAAAUCCAGGAAGUAGUCAGACAAACCAAUGUGGACACUCAGAAAGCGCUCAAGUUGUGUCUGGCGGUGGCAGCUGUCAACCAAGCGGUGAAGGAGAAGCAGCCUGCGCAGACGCUGCGAGUGCUUUCGUUACCAGAAGUAGCGCUGGAGGGACUGACACGGUCCUACGCGCUAGAGUACCAGCAGCAGCUCGCCGCCUCGGUACAACGGAAGGCGAGCGCAGGAGACAACAAGAGUCCGUGGGUCAGAAUCCCAAUGCCAGAUGGCUCUCCGUUCUUCUUCCACCUCAUCAAACUGGAGGGCACGUGGGAGGAACCUCCCAGGUUCAUCCACAAUAGCGUGUUCCUAGACCACCACGACAUCCAGGAGGCGGUCACCGGCGUGCUGUCCGCGCAGCGGCGGCGGGACCUUUGGGCCAGCAAUCGGGCUCUGAUCACCCGCUUGCAGGCGGCCAUUCGAGGGUUCCUCACCCGACGCGAACUGGCGGCUCGCCGGAACUACCUGCGUGGCCACGCCCACGCCGUAGUCCUCAUUCAGGCUCACUGGAGGAGAUUCGUCCAGCAGAGGGCGUACAGGCGGCGGCUGCAGUUCCUCUCCAGCAACUGGAGGGUGGCAGUCAAGAUUCAAGCCUUUACGAAGAUGUGUUUGGCCAGGAGAAAGUAUCUGGCACGGUUGAAGUUCUUUCAACAAAAUGUUGGCGCCAUCGUAAAGAUCCAAACCUUCUUUCGUGCAAGUCUGGCACGGGCCGAGUACAGGAUGCUGGUGCGAUGUGAUACGGUCCCCCUGAGCGUGCUCAGGAAGUUCGUCCACCUGGUGGACUUGGGAGACGGCGACAUCAGGGAAGAGGGGAAACUGGCGUGUCUUCGGGAGGAGGUGGUCAGGACAGUCCGCUUCAAUAGGCAGCUGGAGGCCGAGCUGGACGUGAUGGACCUUAAGAUUGGGCUUCUGGUACGCAACAGGGCCACGCUGCAGGAAGUGGAGUCUCAGUGCAAGAAUUUGACCAGGAAGAACAAAGAGAAGCUGUCAGACUUGAUGGACGUGGAGAGGAGCAAAGGCUUGAAGGCUCUGAGCCGAGAGCGUCGACAGAGACUGGAGGCCUACCAGAACCUCUUCUACUUGCUCCAGACUCGGCCGUCCUACUUGGCCCAUCUGAUCUUCCUGAUGCCGCAGAGUCGCUGCUCAUCCUUCGUAGAGAUGUUGGUCUUCAGCCUGUUCAACUAUGGGGCAGACGAUCGCGAAGCCUUCCUACUUCUGCAGCUCUUCACCGAGGCGCUACACUUUGAGAUCAGGUCCAAGGUGACAGAGCCCCAGGAUGUAGUCAGGGGGAAUCCCUUUGUCGUCAAGAUGCUGGUUAACUUCUACCGGCACGAUCGCGGCCGCAACGUCCUGCGGGAAGUGCUGGGUCCCGUGCUGCGGGACGUGUUGGCCGACCAAAACCUCAGCGUCAAGACUGACCCGCUGGACGUCUACAAGAGCUGGAUCAAUCAGACCGAGAGCCAGAGCGGACUUAAGAGCUCGCUUCCCUACGACGUCUCGCCUGCGGACGCUCUGUCCCAUCCCGAAGUCCGGCGCCGCGUUGACGUCGCUGUGGUUAACCUGCACAACCUGACCCAGAGAAUCUUCAAGGCCAUCACCUCCAACGUUGACAAACUCCCGUACGGCUUCCGCUACUUGGCAAAGGUUCUUGGAGAUGCCCUGAGGUCAAAGUUCCCGGCUGCCUGUGAGAAUGAUGUCUACAAGGUGGUUUGCAACCUGGUGUAUUACCGCUUCAUGAAUCCGGCCAUCGUGGCUCCGGACGCAUUUGGGGUGUUGGAGCGUACGGGUGUGCCGGGCGGCCUGCGCCAGGAGCAACGCCACCUGCUGGGCUCGGCGGCCCGCCUGCUGCAACACGCCGCUGCCAACAAGCUCUUCCUUGGGGACGGCGAGCAUGUGGCCACGCUCAACCGCUACGUGGUGCACAUGCACUCUACCUUCAGGAAGUUUGUGUCGCACCUAUGCAACGUUGCCGAUCCAUCGGAGCGAUUUCGGAUGGACGAGUACUCGGAGGCGCUGGUCGUUAGCCGGCCGCUUGUCUACAUCUCGCUCGGUGAGCUCGUCAGUACGCACAAGCUGCUGUUGGAACAUCAGGAAGUUCUGUGUCCCGAGUCCACGGAUCCGCUCAGACUUGUGCUCAGCGAUGUCGGGCCUCUUCCCAGCCUACAGGCACUCAUGGGUACCACAACUAGUACGGCCCUAGCGGAUCCGGAAUCCGAGUUGAGUUGGGGAAAGACUGAAGUCUCUCUGACACUCACAAACAAGUUUGACGCUUUCGACGACCACGACGACUCUGCCGACGUCGGCGCUUUGCUGUUCUCCACCAAGCAGCUGAUCAUGGAUGUGAUCAGGACACAGCCGGGAGACACGCUCAGUGCCGUCCUGCAAACUGAUGCGUCGCCCGACCAGGAAAUAUAUCACGAGCAGCUGAUGCGUCGCCGCGCUCUCCAGGAGGCGCGUACGCCAGACAAGAUGAAGAGGAGGGCUUCCGCGAUGGCCGGUGCCGGUCUGCGCCUGGAGGAGAAGAAACGCAAGAUCGGCAGAAGCAUCAGGCGUCUGGAGGCUUUGGGUGUCCUGCCGGCGACGCAGGGCCAUGGCCGCGUUCUCGCCAUGAUUGCGCAGGAUGUCCGUAACCGGCAUGUCCACCGCCAGCGCCGUGGGGCGCAGCUGGUGAGACUGGGCCAGACUAUGAACAGUCUGCGGGCCAAAAGCAGCUUCCUCAGCCAACAGGCGGACUACUACGAACAUUACAUCGUUUCCUGUCUGGAGAAGCUGACGGCCAACGGCCGAGCGGACGUGCGAGGGAAGAAGAAAAUUCCCGUCGUGAGCUACACAGCCACGCGGCUGCAUGACAAAGGUGUUCUGCUGGAGAUCCAGGACCUGCCCUCCACGCAGUUCAAGAACGUGGUCUUCGAGAUCUCGAACGGGGCCGAGAAAGGAAGCUUCCUCGUGAAAGCUCGCUUCCUCGGCGUCGACGUGGAGGAAUUCCCCAUCAAGUACCAGGACCUCCUCCAGCUACAGUAUGACGGCGUGGCGGUGAUGAAGAUGUUCGACAAAGCCAAAGUCAACGUCAACUUGCUCAUCUUCCUCCUCAACAAAAAGUUCUUCAACAAAUAAUGAGCAUUUUUCCAUUGAUUGACGAAGCCAGUCUUUUACACAUUCGUAUUUUUAAUCAAAGGUGUCAAUAAAUAUUUAGUGUAACGCAA